AUAUUCCAGCGGCUGUCGUGUCCAUUGAACGAGGACAAGCAAGCGGCUGUUUAUUGGACCUGCAAGGCUCAACUCUUCCACUGGUUUCGACGAAAUCUCAAGUGCAGUGUUACUCCCAUCAGACGUCCGUUGCAAACACACUACUGACGGGACGCUGGAUUACAAUCCACCCAGGAUAAAUUACCAUUUGAACGGUGUUCCAGCAGAGAAGGGGGAUGGCUCGGUUUGUUCUGCUGGCGUGUUUAAUCACCGUGUUGGUGGUGUCGUUGGAAGCUCAGUGUCCCCCAGGGGGUACACGUUGCAACACCCACGUAGGUGGCGCUUUCGACAGGAAGGGUCUCCUGGAGAAUCUGCUUGAAAGGAAGGACCUCGAUCUUGCUGAGAUGGACGACAAGAGUCUAAAGAGGGCGCUAGACCUGCUGGAGCACGAGAGGAACCGCGCGGGGGCGGUUCCGAAACCGGCCGAGCAUGAGCGGGAGGCGACGAUCAAAGACGAAGAACUCAGAGAGCUACUGCUUAAAAUUCUGCAAGAGUAAAACACGGAGGAAAUUGUCAUUUUUAUUUAAGUUAAGUAAUUUAAUAUUCAACAGAAUGGAAUCGUCCCUUGGUAACAUUAGUCCCUUUUUUUGAAGUUAUCCAGCUGCAGAUAAUGGAAACGAAUCUAAUAUACUGGCAUUUGCACAUAAUUUGUAACGCAUCUCUUGGGCAAAACUAAGUCCGUUGUUACUCAUACGGUACCGGCUUAAAACUCCCCGUCAUCUGAUUGUUGGAUCGUUAAUCCCUUGUCAUUGAAUUACGCAUUCUAUUCAGUGGUACCCAUUUCAACGGAACUUCAUUUCACUUGACUGGAUCCCGCGCUCAUUUCAUUUAUCUCGUUUCCAGUUUGAUGGAAAUAGUCUAUGGACGGAAACCAGUCUAACGGGUAGGCCCUACUACCAUUGGGUAGUGCUUUGGACAUAAAUCUGUUUCAUGAAAUGAUGGAAGUUAAUACAUUUAUGCGAAGGGGGAAUAUUUAUUCUCCUAAACAUAGUUUUAUUCAGGUAUUGUAUAGCACCGCCAACGAAUGUUUUCCCUUUUUACAGUGGUAAGAAUAAUUUCAUCCGAUAUGACUCAUAGAAAGUUAAAUUCCAAUGCUAAACGGAAAUAUUUCAUCUGUCGCCUACGAAAUAAUUCUUAAUAUUGCACUCAUAAAAGAAAUCAUUAUUUGUAAAUUUAUUUUAAAAAAAUCUGCGGUAACUUAAUUGUAUCGCUAAAGAGACAGUAUCGCCCACUUCAGGUAAAAAUUUAUACCGUAUUCGGCUCUUCCUCACGAGAUAUGAGGAUUUUCCAAAGCUCUUAUUUUGGGGAAAGGGAACCGACCUGUUGAUUUCAGUUGUAUUUGUCAAUGUUAUUUUUAAGUAUUCAACAUAUUAAUAUAAAGAUGUUUGUCACAGCAGACUACUACCUGGCUUACGAGUUACAAAAAUCAAACAGAAUUGCAAAAAGCCAAAUACCGAAGUGCUUUAAUAUCUACCAUAUAAAUGGACAUUGCCUACGUUGACAUCCUUUAUCAGUCUUUCACAAAGUCUCCUUACUAGCGACACAUCCUUUAUUAUGCCUAUAGAUUCCUGGCCUGUGUUAUUUGCUCUAGCUAGACGCAUCCCCUCUACGGCCAAGAAGCGAGAGAUUGGUGUUACCCAGGAUUCGCACACGGUGCGCCCUCUUGCCCCCCAAAGGUACCCCAUGCGCUGAAGACAUGUGACCGUGUUUACCGCAAUGCAUUGUGGGGUUGAAUGUGGAUCAUCGUUUGCUAAGAGUAGGAGAUAAAGCUCACGUAUACAUUAAGAAAGAGAAAUGUGCAAUCAGAUUGCUUGCAGAUGUGGAACAUAAUUUCCUUGUAAAUUCCCUAUUUAUACAAAACAGACGGCUUUUUUGAAACAGAUAUAGUCAUAUUAGGCCUAUGUUGACCAUACUAGUGUGCACACCCAUGACCCCCAUUCUAUCCGACCAUUGCACUGCGGUGAACACUAGGGGUAUUCGAAGACUAUUCUCUCAAGCAGAAAUGAGUCGCGCAUGAAUCGGUAUCAAUAUCGCGCCAAAACGUGAAUUAAAGUGCUAGAUGUAGAUUAAUUGAAACUUUAAAGUUUCGCUUUUGUAAUUUGAAGGUGACGGGUUGGAGAUUUGUAGUUGAGAGGAAAACUUUUCUUCGUGAAGACAUUUUAACUGAAAGUUAUUGCAAUGAGAUAAUUCGGGAACGAGUCAGGGAUAAAGUCAGUUUUAAUAAAAGUUGUUUCUGGUUUGAUUACGGAA